AUGAGUUGUUUCUUGGGGUUAUCACCACACAACAAAAGUAAAGACAAUGAAGGCUCAUCCAUGACUGCUCAUUACGAACAACCGAACCCGCUGUGGAAUGAUCGGAGACAAAUAACAAUAUGUGAAUCGGUGCCAAUGAAAAAAAAAUCACCAAACAAUAUCGAGGCAAAGAGUUUCACAUUCCGUGAAUUAGCGACGGCCACGAACAACUUCAAGCAAGAUUUCUUGAUCGGAGAAGGAGGGUUUGGGAGAGUUUACAAAGGAAAGCUGGAGAAAACAGGACAG